GUAAUUUCCACUAAAUAGGCACUUGUUUAAUUAACCAGAGCGUAUUUGUUAAAGCUCCAGCUUAGUAAUAAUUAAAUGAAUAAAACUAGAAUAAAUUAUCUAAUAUUUCCAUCAGCGUUAUGCGUACGCAUAUUAGUGCUGCGUUUAUGAGAAUUGGAAACAUACACGCACUGUGUGAAGUCGUGUGGCAAUCGACAUUUAACUUGACAAAGCCAUUCAAUUGACAAUUAGAUCGUUUUUGUUAUUUCCGUUUACACAUAAAAUGCUUGUGCAAUGAGGUAUACCUUUCAAAUAAUUCACAAAGGCAAAGCAUGGUCUUAAGUUAGAACUAUCAAGACUCGAGUUCGGGUUUUCCUGAGGCUGUGUUGUUGCCGUCUCGCUCGUAUGAGCGGGUUCGCGGCGCGGUAAAUUUUCCGUCCCUCUCUUACUUGAGAAGGCUUGCGCGGAAAGAGAAUGUGGGUAACGAACGACCUUUUGCCGUUAUGGGCAAGCAGUGCGGCCCGUGCGUUCACCGGGAGCGGUACAUUCGGCUGCGGCUACACUACAUCGCGGAGACCAUUUGACAAGCUGAAAAAAAAAUUACGUAAAUAUUACAACACUCACGCAUUGAUUAUGAAACGUCUGUGAGUGUUAGCUCGAGCCUUGGACAUCCCCGCGUCACAGUGUGCAUGGUGUACCGCGGUUAGUUUGAUUGUGCGAUCCUGUUGACCCUGGUGAAUUUAUUUUAUUAUAUUGUUUUGUAACCCUCUCCCGUGGUGUUCAUUGUAUCGUCCAUUUCUGUGUUUCCGUUGUGAUUUAUUUCUUUAUAACAUUGGAUUGUCACUGGAGUUGUUGAUGUGACAGAAUACCGGCAGCGGUAUGACGUAGCAACAUUCUCUUCUGCACUGCCUAAUAUGGCAAUCAAAAAACUUCAAGGGACUUUCCAUGAACUGUAAAGUGAAAAUUCUAGUGAGUUGUGUACCAGUAUCAAUGACACGGUGAAAAUUAAUUACAACAAUGGGGAGGCGACGUUGGAGAAUUGUUACGAUCACGGCGUUCUUGCUGUUCGUUAUAAAAGACACACAGUGUCAAGAUGAAAGCCACUAUUACUUUUCACCUGUAGAAAAAAGUUUUGCUCAAGUUCAACCGCCUUUAUUUCCAAAUACUCGACCAUCUUCAUUCUUUGAACAUGGUGAUAACUACAGAGUUGCACCAACAGCACAGCAGCCACUCUACAAUGAUGGCCAAACUAGAUUUCCUAGUCCUAACUACAAUCAAAAUCCAUCACCUUUUCAAUUGCCGACUGGAAGAAGUCAGGCUGGAACACAGUAUUAUGUAAAUCAACCCGAAUUUCCUGCACAACGACAGAGGUUCAGGCCUGCAUUACCUUACAACUUCCAAUUACAUCCAGCGUCUACCAAAAGGCCUGACGUGUCACAAAUACACUCCGUUGCCUAUCAAAAUGAUCCCUCGAAACCAGAAACGUUUUUAGGACAAAUCACUUUAAACAACCCGGAUAUCGACUAUUUACAAAACAACAGAUUUAAAAAUAUACCAUUCGAUGGCAACAGCCUAAAAAGCAAUGGACAAACUGGCCACAUUGCUCAUGACGAAGAUAUCGAAAACGACAAUCAAGAUUUAUUUGAUCACCAUAGAGUGACUACUUAUAAUCCCCAUAAGCUCGCUGCCAAACAAAGACUGAAUGCUAAACCUAAUACACCAAGAUUCUCACAACUAGAAAUACCAUCAGUAAACCAAAACACAAAUUCGCCAAACAAAGCAUUUAAUAGAAACAAUAACUUUAAUGCACCCAAACCAGAUAAUGUAUAUCAAAGUUCUUCCACCGAGUAUAAAGGACUCUUAGAUAUAGAACCCUUACUUGAAGAUGACAUUAGCGACUUAAGUUCAUUUAGAGAGCUUAUGAAAAAUACCCAAGGAUCGUUUGACGUACAAGUUAUUAAAUCUAAUACAACUGUACCUGAAACAACUGCGGACAGCAAACCUGACGCCAGUUCCAUGAAUGCUGACAAUUAUCCCAGCAAGCAAAUAAAGACUUUGAAACCGACAACAACAACGACAACUACCACUACUACAACGACAACAGAAUCAAAUGAACAUGCAGAGGAAGAUCAUGAAAAAGAUAGCUCUGAUGAUGAGGGUGAAUAUGUUGAAUAUUAUGACGACGCAGAAAGCUCUGAAGUCCCUCAUACUACUCACAGCACACCGCAUCAAACAGAACAUGUUACAGAUAUUUAUGACGAUGAUUACGACACAACCGAAGAACCUAUUAAAUCUACCGAAGAAGCCAAAACAAAUACUACGGAAUCCUUUGAUGUACUUGUCAUGAAACCCGAAAAGACUAUGGUAAAAGAUGACAACUUUAAACACUUCGUCGAUACAACUGUAAUAGAUCAAACCGAUAAUAAAGAAAGCGAAGAAAAAGACAUACAAGUGAAUAGAAAUAAUUCACAAACUUCAGAUGAAGAUGUCACUUCUAUAGAAACGCCUUCAAUAUUGGGACAAGAAGUUGUAUCGGUUGUUACGACAAAAAGUGUUGUCAAUGGAACCAUAUCUAUUCCUGACGUAACAUUCGCCCCAAGCACUACUAAACUUAGCGCAUCUUCCGAAAGCUCUUCAACUGCAAGUAACCAAGCAAAUGACGCUUCUGUACCAGUAACCACUGAGAAUUGGAUAGUCGUUGCUUCAGUACAAACAAGUAGAAGCGUUUCGGGGGCACGAUUCUUACCUUUCCCCACAGUUGAACAAGAAGAAAAGAAACAAGUUCUAGCCGAUGAAAGCGAAGAGGAUGAAGAUGACGAAGAUGGUGAAUCUGUCACAAAAGACCCAAGGCUGGAGACGAAUGGUCUAAUAAAUACUCCGUCGUCGACAGAAAAUAUUAACGAUAAAUUAGAUAGUAUUCAAUCAGAGUUGUCAAGUGCAGUUUUGUCAGGUUCUUUAGAUAACGAAAAUAAAAAUAUUGAACUGAUCACUGAAUCUACUACAGAACAAACCACAACAACCACAACAACGACAACGACAACUACUACCACAACCCCGGCUUCUUUGAAUGUAUUUACUUUGAAGAGCACUCUAUUACCUAGCGCAACAGAAAAAUCAGCACCAGAACCAUUACCCGUACAAAUCAAAAAGUUUGCACAUCGAGUAACAACAUCAACAACACCGAAACCUAAAAAGAAGCCAUCUUUAGUAACCGUUAUGGACGAUAUAGCAGGACUAUUACCAGCAGGUUAUAAAUCGAGGCUGUCUUACAAGGACAAACGUACAAGUACAACGACCACUACCACUACAACAACGCCUAGUGUGCCAACUAUUCCCAGUGAAAUUCCUGUUAUUAACGGAACACAGGGUCGAUCAUCUGGUAUAAGUGCCAAAAACAAAGUAAUCGUAUUAGAUUACAAAUCCUUACUUCCAAAAGAAUAUAAGCCAAAGGAGAACAAACCUCAAGAGGAUCUUGUUAAGAAAUUACAAAAGGAUGACCUAAGUAAACUGUUACCAGCCAAUUAUAAGCCGCCGACUACGGAAUCUUCGGAAGCAAAACCUGACAUAAUUGAUAAAAUUGAAAAAGUUGAUAUUUCUGCAUUCUUACCCAAAGACUUCAAAAAGAAUGCUACAACUACAGCAAAACCAAAAACUGAGUUCAAACUUCCAGCUAACGCUGUACCAAUUGAUGUUACGGCUUUAUUACCUCCUGGUUUUAAACUUAAUGCGACGGAGAAAGAAACGCCUGAUACUCCAAUAGUUCCGAUAAAAGUUGCUGAUAUUUCUAGCUUAUUACCACCUGGAUUUAAAUUGAACGCUACUGAAAGUGAAGAAGCUCCACCUGUGAGUACAACAAAAGCUCCCGGAUUGAUCAAAUUAGUGUUCCCUUCAAGACCCGGUGGCAAGGUGAACCGAAAAACUACCACACCCAAACCGUUAGGUCCAGUUCCAGUCACACCAAAAAUACAAAAGGGCUGGCCCACGAGGGCAUCAACUGAAUUUACUGGAUGGCCGUCACCUUCUACGACACCGUUCUCGAUAGAAAAACUCUUGGAAGCUCAAAGGAAUGCUACCGCCACGAGUCCUUUACCAGAUUAUCUAACCGAGGCUACCACACGCCGCACUACGACCACGACCACAACGACACCCGUUCCUCCUCCAUCGACCACUCCCGGUCUUUGCCGGAAAGAGUGUGAUAUUGCUGCAACUAUAAAGAUUGUCUCAGGAGUCACAUGGAUACCAGAAUUAUUAGACCAUAACACAGAAGAAUGGCAACGACUCGCCAAAGAUGUUAAAGAAGAGUUGAAUUCCGUCUAUUCGAAAUCGGACUACCUGCGCAAAUGGUACAAGGGUAUAAGAAUCGACGGUUUCAGUCAAGGCUCUGUUCUUGUCGACUACUUUAUUGAACUUAAGGAGGUAGAAGAAAGAGUGGAUACAUUGGACUUGAAAAAGAUGUUCCACAAAUCUUUGCACGAUGCCAAACCUGGUUCAGUAAUCAUGACAGUAACAGAGGAACCGAAAGAUGAUGAGUUUGAUCCUGAUGUUAUGGUGGGUGACCAACCGGAUGAAGAAAGAAUGAGAAAAAGUAACGAGAAGAUGACAAAGACUAUUGACAAAUCUGCAGGCAAAUUGGAAAUAGGAAAAUUUGUCAUGGAUCCUGCGUACACUGAAUUUAUAGUUUUGCCGAAACGCGCGGCACCAACUCCUGUAGAACCUGAUGAAGAAUCGUUCCUACCUCAAUGGGGCAUCGCAGUCAUUGUUAUUGCAUUGGCCUCUCUUCUGUUUGUCGUCAUAUUUGGAGUUACAGUAUUGGUUAAUCGUCAGAAGAGUGCCAAAGCAAAACAGCCGAUACCUCUGAGUGAAGAAAUGCUUCGGGAUUUGGACAAGAGUCAUAUGGGUGGCUUUGAUGAUGUUCAUCAACUUAAAGAACGGGAACUGCCGUAUCUUCCAUCAGGAAAGAGAAUGUCAACUGCGUUCAUAGAGCAACUUGCUUACCCGAACCCGGGUGACUCGUGGCGGUCGGAGUGGACCCCACAGCUCCAGAAAUACAUGCAGCAUUACACGCCUGACUCUGGCCGAGGGUCGCAGAUCUACGGGCCAGCUGGAAAUGCAUAUGGAUACGGCGGCGGCGGCGGCUCGCAGCUGUACGGGCAGACGGGCGGCGGCUCCCAGGUCUACGGCUACACGGGCGAGUACCCGCGCUCGCACUACUCCCGGCGCCGCUCCGACUAUGACAGCAACUUCUAGACCCUUCUAGAACUGUAUUCGUCUACUGAGACUUGACACAAUCUUGACAAUAUCUCCUUUUUAAUCUCGAAACCUAAUUUAUAAUACUCGAAUAGUCGUUUCAUCCCCUCUGUGUAGAAUAGUCAUUAAUUCCAAACAUACUGUAACAGGUUGUGAAAUAAUUUUAUCAUUAUGAGACCGUACAUUAUUAGAUCGGAAUUAGACUCGUGUUUCAGAAUUUAUACGAUACGACUUUACAUUUUGCAUGAUAUUUUUAGCCGCUUUUAGUCCGGCCUAUUUAGGACUUAACAGUGCCAACCCAGACAGUUAUGUCGCGUUUGAUAUUUAUUUUGUAUCAACAAUAUUCUUUAAUUAAAAUAGUUAUUAAAUGGAAAUUAUCUGCCAAAAUAUAUACUAUUUACGACUGAUUGUGAGAUGUAAAUAAGUAGAAUAAGAACUCACCAAUAUUAUAAGUGGAGACUAAUAGGUGAGGCUACGAAGUACUUGUGUAGAUAUCUCUCCGCAUACCUAUAUUUGCUCAGAACCUGUAGUGGAUCGUGCAGUGGCCCGUGUUGGAGCGUGAAACGCCUCUUUGUGCCAAAUGUUUGUACGUCUGUGUGUGCGUGUACAUAUAAACAUAUUUCUUUGAUAUAGACAUUAACAUUAGUGGGUAGACGUCGGACGACCUCGCAGUCUGUUUGGUCCCAGUGCAGGCGGAGGGCGCGUGUGUGCCCGUGCGUUUGUGUGCGUCGCUCCUCGCUGGCGAGUGCUUGUUGAGAACUAUCAGUGGAGUGCUGUGUGAACCCAUUUGCGAGAAUAAAUCAUAUUUAUUCAAUCAUUUUUUACUCAGUGUCAUGUUCAUGUAUGAAAUUCAUAAUCUUAAGAAUAUAAUUGAUGAUUGUCAAUUUUUAAUUAUUGCGAAAAUCGUCAUACCGGUUCACAAAGACGUUAAAAUGUAAUUUAAAUAUAAUUAGCGAUUAGCUACUUAAAAUAAAUAACAACAUUAAUUAGUAUGGAAGUUUUAAAAACUCGGAUUUACUUAUUGUGUCAGAAUGAUGAAUUUCGUCAGAAUUCAGAUAUAUUAUAUUAAUUGUAUUUGUAAAUUCCUCGAGUAACGAGCGUCACGGUCAUUAUGUACCUACCAAUUAGACUAAGUAUAGUAAUUGCAUGAAUUCGUGUAUAUAAAACAAUUUUUGUACAUGUAGAUUUUAAUUUAAUUAUUGAUUAGUUAGUGACAAAGUAAACCAUUAAGAUCCUGAAUAUAGAUAAAUAUAUAAUGUAAA